AACAAAUGCAAUCGCUUUCAGCUCAAGGACGGGCACAGGACAUCACCGGAAUCCCUAGCCAUGAACGCAGUGCGGGGCAUACCAAGUACACACCGGAGCAGCCCCCCCUUGUCUUCAAUGGACUCACGAACACAACUUUCGCGAGUUCCGUCUCCCCUAAACCCUGAAUUCCAGCCCCUCAGACGAAGCAAGCAUGGUGUUCAAAGAAACCCACCGUGCCGGCGCACGCUAAACGCAGGCCGUCCUGCCGUUGCCUCAGCUGAAAGGGAAUUGGUACAUCGGGCCCUCUUCAACAAGACUGCAUUUCUCACUCAGCCGUUGCCGCUAGUAUGAUUCAAGGGUGAAGGUGGGCGAACUUUGACUGACCCCUUGACUUGCCGCCAGGGCACAGAGAGCAGUUCCGGGCCUGCUCCACCUAUCCUAUGGAGCAUAUGGAAUGAACUAUUACACGGGGCACAGCGGCUAUGUGUGGCGAGCGCAUUGAUAGUCAGUGGUCCCAUUGCAGGUAGGACCGAGGUAGAGUAGUGUCCGGGAGGAACACGCAUCGCAGGCAAAACGUCGACAGGAUACCGCACGAUAACCUGAGCAUCCCGCUGGGUCACAAAGCUAACCUGUACUCGAUUUUACCGUCUGCAUGCCCGUCUUGCCGUCACGAAGCCCCGCGAAGACUCAAAAAGGAUGCUCGCCAACUGCACAAGCUUCUAAUUACUACAGCGAGGACGUAGGCUCUACUGUGACAAAGGAUGGGCUCGUGCCUCUCCGCCUCCGCCGAGGAGGGCCACAGUGCUAAGCCGAAGCAACGGGAUAAGCAACUUACGGUCAAAGUGAAGCGCCCGGACUGGCGGCAGCACCCACUUGCAAAGCAGUUCAACCUCAUCAAGCGUCUUGGCAGAGGCGGCUACAGCGAGGUGUGGCACGCGGUGCACAAGGGGACGGGCGAGACGCGGGCGCUCAAGGUGGUGGCGCUGGAUGACCCGGAGCUGCUGCCCGGAGACUUGGCCAUUCUGCGGGCUGAGGCCAAGUUCCUGCUGACGCUGGAUUGCCCCUACCUCAUCAAGUGCUAUGAGACCACACACGACGGCGUCCAUCUCUUCCUAGUGCUGGAAAUGCUCACGGGCGGCGAGCUGCUUGACCACAUACACAAGGUGCACAACUACACGGAGCGGCAGGCUGCCAACCUGUUCGCGCAGGUGGUGUCUGCCAUCUCCUACCUGCACAACCUCAACCUGAUGCACCGCGACAUCAAGCCCGAGAACGUCAUGUUCACGGCGCCAGUUAACGACUGCGAGGCGGCGGGGGCGCCCCUGCGCGUCAAGGUCAUCGACCUGGGCAUGUCGGCGCAAUUCGACCCCAAAAAGCUUGUACGGGAGGCCACCGGCACGCCUGGUUUUGCCGCGCCUGAGCUGUUCAAUGGAGGGGCGCAAACGCCCGCGUGCGACGUGUACAGCCUAGGCGUAGUGUUGUUCAUCAUGCUGAUUGGCCGGCCGCCGCACUCGGGCACAGACAUCCGCUACCUGACCUACUCUGACAAGAGCAUCAAGGACGCUCCCGGGCUCCAGGACGCGAGGUACCGUGCGCUGUCGGCCGACGCCAAGGACCUGUUGCUGAAGAUGUUGGCGGAUGACCCCAAGGCCCGGCCGACAUGUCUGGAGGUGUUGAAGCACCCCUUCAUGACGGCGGAUGAAUCCAACACGGCAGCGCACCGCGAGAUUGGGGAUGUGGUGCGGCGCCGCAUGAGCGACCUAGCGCAGCUGAGGCGCCUGCACGGCCUGCGCUAUGCUAUGCACAUGUCACGCCCCACCACCGAGGCCGACAAGCGCGCGCUAGUAGCCACCAUGGCCCAGCGGCAGCAUCGCCUGGGCGUGGGCGGCAGCGGCAGCGGCGACAACACGCCGCGCGGCGGCGCCGGUGUCGGCGCCGACGACGCCGCGCCCGUGUGCGACCGCAACGCCUACCGCAGCGUCAUCUGGAAGAGCUUCCUGGCGCCCAUGAACUCCCUGCGUGGCCUCAGCGGCACGCGCAAGCACCCCGGCACGCCCGGCGCCGGCUGCAGCGGCAACGGCGCCGCGGCCAGGAGCGCCCUCGUGGCGGCCUCACCCGGCGGGGCCAUGUUGCGGGCUGACCUGGUGCAAGACGACGGAGGCGACGACGACGUGGCCGACGGCUGCGCUGGCCUGGUGGACACGGACGGUGCCGGCGGCGGCUUGGAUGCGAUGGCGUCCGGGCCGGAUGUGAUGUCGGACCGGCCCUGGGCGGGCGACCGGCACAGCCGGCAGCGGCGGCACAGCAGCACGGGCGCGGGGCUGGUGACGACCCACAUCGCAGAUAUCAUGCUGGCGGUGCGGACCAGCAGCGUGGCCAACAUGCAUGCCGCGCGCACCAGCGCGACGCCGCUCAGCGCCGCACAGGCAGCGCGCGCUCAGCUGGCCGCACUCUCAUCGAAAUCGAAGCUGCAGGCGGCAUUGGAAAGCUCGGCCAGCGGCCCGGACGCGGCAUCGGGAGAUGUGCCAGCUCAGCUAGGGACGCUGGCAAUGCGGGGCGGCGGCAUGGAUACGCCGCGGGGCGGCGGCACUGGCCGCACGUCCACUUCCGGUCUUGCGGGGUCGGGCCCCUGGCCGGUGUCUGGCGCCGGCGCCGGCGCCGGCGCCGCGGCCCCUGCUCCCGCGCCGUGCCUUGACAAGAUGGCGCUUGUCAACGCGCUGCCCGCGUUGUCGCACUGCGCAACCAUGCCAGCAGCCAUCAUGCGCGACUGCGAGCGGGAGUGGGAUGCGGGAGCGUGCGCCGCGACGGCCGCCGGGGCCAAGGCGGGCAGGGCUGGCAACGGCGGCAGCGCGGGCACGGGCAACAGCGAUGGAGAUGCGACGGGCGCUACUUCGGCGGCCCCGGCCCGGUCGCCCACGUCAAGUGAUGUGGCGGAGACGCUCACGGCGCUGCAGGAGGCGCUGGUGCCCAGGUCGUGGUCCGCCAACCCAGCCAUGUACGAGGCGCUGUUAGCCAUGGACGCGAUCAUGGAGGGCCUCAAUGGAAACGCAAGCGCCCUGGUGUCCCCUCGCGCGGCGGCGGCUGCGGCGGCUGCGGUUGCAGCGCACGCGCCGCCAGUGAAGCAGACCACAACCGCUGCGUGAGCUGCGUGGCCACGUGAACGCUUGUCAGGACUUCUACGAGUUAACGCAAGGCUGGGCGACCCUUCAAAGGGUGGGGGUGUUUGUUGGAGCAUAUGCGCUGCUUAUUAUGUGGCUGUUGGUUUCAUUGCGGUCCGCGGGGCUUGCUUACUGGCUAGCAGUAAAAACAUGUGGGUUCAUUGCUGAAUUACCUGCUUAGCGUACGUCGAAUGUGCAUGCAAGUACUGAUGAUGCAUAGUGGUGUAGGGAGGACGCUCCCGCACGCGGCCAUACAAUAUUAGCCAACAAUGCACGCGUGAGACAAACUCUUGAGACAAGGCAUUCUUGAUUUCUUGGGCUGCUGUCACAGGGCGUGUAGGCUACCGCGUCAUGCUUUCGGGCUUGGCGUUUAGGGCCAUCACGUCGCUGACUCCCUGCAUCAACACCACAUGCUAUCCGGUAUAUCAUGGGGGAUCGCAGUUUCGAAUGAAUUGAAGUUGUGGCGGUGGCCAGGUGCGAGACGCGUCGUCCCAUCCCCGGUUGCUGACCUGCACUUGUGAUUGGACACGCGCGUGGUGAACAUUAGUAGCAAGGCCUCAAGAAAAGUGCGUUCAAUGUGUGCUGCGCAUGUGCCCGCAGGCUUUUGUGUCAGACCACUGCAAAAUCUCGGCGCCAAGUGUGACGGGGGUGCGUGGCCGUGUUCGGUGCGAUGGGACGGGGUAAGGGGCUGUGACGGGAUAUCAAACGACCGUCUGGUGAUGAGCGAGUGCAGCCAUGCCUGUAAUCAUCAGCCUCUGUGGCAACUGUUGAUGAUACAGGGCAGGGGCGGCACAGGGCUGUGCUUUUCUGUUUAGUGGUGAGGGCAUGGCUCCGCAUGUGAGGUGCAGCUGCAAGCGAUGGAGCGUGCGUGGCAAGGGACACGA